AUGCAGCACCGCCCUAUUUUACCAUUCCUUGAAGUUGGUUCAAGGUUUGAUUGGUCGCACAGAAAGCCCACUUUCCGAGUUGUCAAUGGCAUGUUACGAAUGCUGCUUCGAGGGAAUUGGGAGGGGAUGCGCAUGGAAAAGAUAUACAAUGAUAGGGAUCUCCAUGGAAUGGUAUUCGCCUAUGAUAACCCCGAGGAUCCAGCCACUAACCGGACAGACACAAGGCUAUUAUAGCAUGCAUCCACCUAUAGAAACUCCUGAUACCCAAAAUGGAUCUGCGGUUGAUUAUCUCAGAGAAAAUGUUGCGAGAGGUACCCGUACUUGUCCCCUAGGAGGAGUAUACCACCGAGAUAAUGUGCAGCUGGCACCGUUUAUACACCGUUUCAUAUAUCGAUACCAUGGGCCAGAGAAUGCAGGUCCUCCGAAGUUUAUCCAACAUUGCAACAGCCGCUUCCUCAAGAUCAUUGAUGAAAUUUCCUACCGACCGAGGUCGCUCCGAAAACGUGACUGGAAGUUGUCCCGGAUGCCAUUUUUGUCCCCCCCCCUCAACACAAAACGGAAACUUCAAUAGCUAGUUACUCAUACAAAAAUCGACGACACAACUUCGAUACAGAAUGAUCAAACGGUCACCAAAUAAACACGGCUCCCGCUUUACUGAAAGGAUUGGCCUAAGCUGAAGAAGGCCGAUUGAAAAUUUAUGCAUGCGCGAAUCCCGAGGCCAGAAGAGGGGGCAGCCCGCGCAAGUGGAAACACCAAGGAAACAACUGUCGGAGGAGCAAACGCUCGCAAUAGGAUACACGAUUGAUUGCGAGACCCCUAACCUUCUGCAGUUAUGCAUGAUGGCGAAAAAUCCAGCAACAAUACGGUAACUUGGUUACCACGGCACUCAAUCAGCACAUACCCUGGUAGACCCCCCAAAUAUCGGCAGCCUUACACGUCCAACAUGGCCCCCAAAAAAGGAGAGGGGAAGGGGUGAUUAGGUAUGUGGGAGCGGGAGAGAGGUCAGUAGAGUCCACCUCAAGGUCGCACCGGUGGCCUCUACUCGAGUAUUCCGCCCCUACCGGUAUCUGCACUGGUUAAUCAAAGAUGUUGAGGAAGUUCUAGCCUCAACAGUGAUCGACGAGGGGACCGGAUGUUCGACCGGAUGUUUGUUAUAUUUAGUUCAAAGGCUGUUGGAAUCUUCCAAUUAACGAUCGGAAAGUAAUAUCGUAACGAAAGGUCGAACGUGGCAGUCAGGCACAGUUCAAAACAAAAAAUCGAGAAGCCAUUGAGCUGAAGAUUUGGAGAUGACAGCAAGAUGGAGAGAGAACGUCUUGGCGGCCCAGUAGAAUAGGCUACAUACUCGAGGACAUUGACAUGAUAGACUACCACGGAUCCAUGGACCGAACCUAUCCCCCCGCCGCCGCCC